CUUACUCCGUCAUUGUGGGACUACCUUUCUGUGUAGUCAACAAGCACCCGCUUCUUCUCCUCUGGCCGUUUGUGAAGUGACAUCUGUGGUCGUAUCGAUUUAAUCAUCAUCGUGACAAAUCAAAAAAUAUUUUUCCCUUUCUUGAUUAAUGUACGACAGCUGAUGCUUACAACUUUUCAGUUUCUUCCUGAUUCAUUAUGGAUUAUGUAGAGCUAACGGAUGCCAUACAUUCUUUUCCAAAUGAAAGCAUAACUAUCGUAUAAAUAGCUAAGAUAUUAUUAUAUUUAUGUGACAUGACGCGACGCGACAGUUCUGUUAACAGACACCCGAUUGAUUUAUUCUUCGAAUGAUUUUUAUCGACGACGGAGAAAUGAAAGACAACGUCGUCCACCGGCAAAACAAAGAUAAACAGAGGUUUAAUCAGUAUAUUAUAUUCGCUUAAAGCAAUAACAAGAAAGCGGUUUAAGUAAAUAGACACAAGACGGUACAUAUUCGGUGUGACAGUGGUGCGAUCGCAUUUGUUUUUCAUUCGUCUUUCGCGAUGUGAAUUUAAUCAAAACAUUCCUGGCAGUGGCCAUUGUACCGGAAGUCACCGGAAGUAGUUGUUUGGGUUGCAAAUAACGACAAAAUGGCGACGCCCGUGGUGGAGAGAAAUUUACCUUUGAUACGCGAGCAAAUUUCAGUCGCUUUCGGAAAGAGUAGUAUUGUUGUGAAAUUUGUUGCCGUUGCUGUGACAUUAGGCUAUCUGUUAUCGUUCAUUAAUGCUGCUAUUCCUUAUUUAACUGUUACUCCUGGAUAUGUUAUGCCUCCAAACUUCUGGAUCUGGACCUACGCGACGCAUUGUUUUGUCGAAGUACACUUCUGGGAUGUUCUUAUUGAUGUAGCCGUACUUAUAUUGUGUGGUAAACUUUUGGAACCCUUAUGGGGAACACUAGACAUGCUUGUCUUUUUUGUGGUCGUCAAUGUGGGCGUGGCAUUACUUACAUCUUUCCUCUACAUUGUUAUCUACUUUGUGAGUCGGAAAGAGAUGUACUUGUUUCACACACACAUUCACGGUCUUCCUGGCUAUAUUGCCGGAUUUUCUGUUGCCGUUAAACAAGUGAUGCCUGACCACAUUCUAGUGACAUCGCCUCUUGGAAAACUUCGUAACACGCACAUCCCACUCUUACUGCUUUUGCUGUCAGUCGCGUUACGUCUGAUCGGAGCAUUGGACGGGCCGUAUCCAUUCAUGUUUGGAUGGGGGAUUGUUGUCAGCUGGGUAUACCUGAGAUUUUACCAGAAACACAGCAAUGGGAACCGUGGAGAUAUGGCAGAUAACUUUAGUUUCGCCAGCUUUUUCCCAAGCCGGUUACAACCAGUUGUGGGCAUAUUGGCAAAUACUAUAUUCAGCACGUUGGUAAAGAUGAGGAUUUGUAAGAAACCCCAACGGAAGUAUGAUGUCAGUUCACCAACAACCAUCACAGUCACAUUACCUGGCACAGACCCUCAGGAUGCAGAACGCAGACGACAAUUGGCUCUAAAAGCAUUGAACGAGAGACUUAGUAAAGUUGACCAACAACCCAAAUGGCCAUCCCUUGUUGAAGAAGGAGACCUUCCCAAAUCUUCUUUAACUAGUCACUUACCAACAAAAGAAGAAACAAAACCAGAUGCAGGGGCAGCAAAAGAAAAAUCACAGUUCGUUCCAACAAAGCUACCUGUGCCAGACUUCAAAGAAAACAUGAAGAAUUCAACUGAUUCUUUGUCAUAGUUUUUCUUUCUUUCAGUCUUUCUUUUUUUAAUUUAUUAUUAUUAUUAUUAUUAUUAUUAUUAUUAUUAUUAUUAUUAUUAUUAUUAUUAUUAUCAUCUCUAUUAUUUUAAUUGUUAUGAUGUGAAAUACGAUUUCAAUCUUUCAUUUGCACAAAUCAUAAUUAAUGAAAUGAAAUGAAUGACAAAAAGAAUGUGAAAUGAAAGAUGCCAAAAGACAAAGGAACAAAAUAACGCUGACAUUUUGUAUAUAUUAUUAUCAUUAUUAUUAUCUUUAUUUUUAUUAUUUUUAUUAUUACUGUUGUUCUAAUUAUUUAUUUUUUGUUUUUUUUUUUUGUUUAUUGCUUUGAAAAUAAAAAAAAACACACAUACAAAAAAAAAAAAAGAGGUAUCUUUUCCUCCGGAACAGAGCUAUAAAUAAUAACUUACUGGACGCAUGGGUUUUUUUUUUUUUGUCUGUUUUUGGAAACCCUAAGUUUUUCCUUUGGCAUCUUUAUUACAAGAAGAUGCAAAGUUUCUCUCCCCCCAAUGCCAUCCAAAAUAUAUAUAUAUAAUGAAAAAUAAACAAUAAUAAAGAAAAUAAAAAUACAAAAAAAAUAAUAAUAAUAACUAAUCCUUCAGUGACAUAAAGUCCAGUUGAAAAUGAAAUUGAGAUACACACAGACUCAGAUGCACACGUACACAUGCAUGUGUAAAACAAAACAAAAAAAAAAAAAGAGGUAUCUUUUCCUCCGGAACAGAGCUAUAAAUAAUAACUUACUGGACGCAUGGGUUUUUUUUUUUUUGUCUGUUUUUGGAAACCCUAAGUUUUUCCUUUGGCAUCUUAUUACAAGAAGAUGCAAAGUUUCUCUCCCCCCAAUGCCAUCCAAAAUAUAUAUAUAUAAUGAAAAAUAAACAAUAAUAAAGAAAAUAAAAAUACAAAAAAAAUAAUAAUAAUAACUAAUCCUUCAGUGACAUAAAGUCCAGUUGAAAAUGAAAUUGAGAUACACACAGACUCAGAUGCACACGUACACAUGCAUGUGUAAAACAAAACAAAAAAAAAAAAAAAAGCCAAAAAUGCAAAAAAAGACAUUGUUGCAAGAGAUGAUAAAAAGAAAAAAAGAAG